AUGUCUUCGUUACAAACAAUUUCUGUAUUGACUGGGCCAGAUUCAGUUUCCGCCCUUGCGUUGUCAAGUUCUUUACUUGCGUCAGGUUUUGAUAAUGGCAAUGUCUAUGUGUGGUCCCCGAACGAAAACACCCCAUCCCAUCGUUUAUUUAUUUCAUCAUCCCCAUGUACAGCCCUUCUGUUUAAUAAAAAUUCCUCUAUACUGUAUGCAGCACAAGCCGGACUCAUCGCGUCAUGGGACCUACGCAAAGUCGAUGGUCCCGCAGAUACAUGGCAGGUUAGUGAAGAUGAACUUAACUCAAUGGAUCUUUUGGAACAUGAAAAACUCUUGGCUGUUGCGGAUGACACAGGAGCUGUAAGCAUCCUGUCCACCGACUCGGGGAAUGUUUUGCGUCUACUAGAGAAACACGAGAACAUCUGCUCCGCCGUCAAAUUCCGACCAAAUCAUCCAAAUCAACUAAUUUCCGCUGGACUCGAUUGCCAGCUUUUUCUCAGCGAUUGGAAGGAGAAUGGGCAAACUCUUUCUGCCUUCCGAAUGACUGAUCUGAUCGACCCCACCGCCUAUGCCAGUCUGCUUCAUCAGGAAGAAGACGAGGAUGCUUUAUCUGACAGCGGUGAUGAGCUUGCAUCUGACUCUGAAAGUGACUGCUCGGACGCGAGCGUUGACAGUCAAGUUCUUCCUGAUGGAAAAGAACCCACCAAGAAUCAACCAUUCGCACCCAUCAGGGUAGCUUCUUCAUUUAGUCCCUUGGAGAAGCAAGAAAUGGUAGCUGCGCGUAUGGCUGGCAUGGAAUUACCGUUGAAUAUACCCAUGAUCCAUAGUCUGGCCUGCAGCAAAAGUGGCGAACAUGUCGUUGCUGGCCUCGAGAGUGGAACCGUUGAAAUAUUCAGUGGCGAAGAUUUGCAUUUGAGCCAUGCAGAAACUCUCUGUGGGCACAAAAGAGGCGUCGCUGCAGUCCUCUGCUUGGAGGUAUUUUUUUCCCUUUUGAGGUCAACUCAAAGAUUCCUCAUCAAUUAUUCGGUCAGAUUGCACGACACCCACAUUGUAAGCGGGGGCAACGACUCCCAGCUCUUCGUGUGGGAACUUCCGCCUGGUGGUUCUGGACAGCAGUUUGCAUAUUCCGGAAAAAUUUGUGCUCUUGCCGGCCGGAGUCUGUCCGCGGUGUACGUAGCGGAUUCUUCUCCAAAUAUCCAGGUCAUCGACUUCUCACGCGCCUAG